AUGUUGCCGGUUCUCUCCUUGGGCGUUGCCCUCCUCGGCGCCUCGACCGUCCUCGCCCAGACCCCUCCCUCCUGCUCCCUGACCAACAAGUGUCCCGAGGAUGCGCCCUGCUGUUCCCAAUAUGGCCAAUGCGGAACCGGCGCCUUCUGCCUCGGCGGCUGCGACCCUCGCAUGUCCUUCUCCCUCGACGCCUGCGUGCCCGCCCCCGUCUGCCAGGACAAGAAGAUGCCCAUGACCUCGCUCGACAAGAUUGUCGACAUCAGCAAGUAUCUCGGUGACCCGAGCAAGGCCGACUGGGUCGCUCAGGGCGAGCCCGCGCUAUAUAAGAACGAGGCCGUGCUCUUGACCAUGCCUGCUAAGAGUGUCGGAACUGUCCUCGCCUCGACCACAUAUCUGUGGUACGGCAGCGUCAAGGCCAAGAUCAGGACCUCGCGUGGUCCGGGUGUCGUGACCGCCUUCAUCCUGUACGGAGACGUCAAGGAUGAAAUCGACUACGAGUGGGUCGGUGCCGACCUCGAGAUGUCCCAGACCAACUACUACUUCCAGGGUAUCCCUAGAUACGACCAGUCUGGCAACAUCUCCCUCUCCGACACGUUUGCCAACUGGCACACGUACGAGAUCUCGUGGACUCCCGACGAGAUUCAGUGGAUGGUAGAUGGCCAGGUUGGCCGCACCAAGAAGCGCGCUGAUACGUGGAACGCCACCGCCCAGCAGUGGGACUACCCGCAGACGCCCGCCCGUGUCCAGCUGUCCAUCUGGCCCGGUGGUGCCGACACCAACGCCAAGGGAACCAUCGACUGGGCCGGCGGCCCCAUCAAAUGGGACUCGGAGGAUAUCAAGAACGCCGGGUACUACUACGCCAUGCUGCUGGAACGCCAAGACCCCCCUGGCACCAACAGCAAGAAGAGCUACUACUACAACGACAUCAGGUCCACCAACGACACCGUUGUGGACAGUGACAAGGACACCAUCCUGAAGAGCUUCCUCGGCUCCGGCCUCGACAUGAACGCCGGCGCCACCACGGCCUCCGGCACCACCGCGAAGCCCACGGCAACGGCCGCCACCAUCCCGGGCGGUAGCAACACUGGACCGGGCAACGACCACAGCGACGACAGCAGCUCGUCCGGUUCUGGAUCUGGCUCUGGCUCAGGCUCAGGCUCAGGCUCAGGGUCGGGUUCCGGCUCGGGCGAUUCCGGUUCAGGCUCGGGCUCCGGAUCCGGGUCCGGCAGCACCGCUUGUGGCGCCGGCGGCUUCUCGCAGGACUGCAACAGCAACGGCAACUCGGGCUCAAACAACACGAGCGACGGCGUCUGCCGUAAGUCGUCAUUCGGUGCUAGUGCCUUUGCCGCACUUGUGGCCGCCUCUGCUCUCUUCUGGCUGUAG